AGGGGGGAGGCGGCCGGGGAAGGGGGUGGGGGCCUGGCGGGGGCAUCCGGCAGAGCUGGGGUCCCCGGGCUCCGUCCAGAGGAAACGGGACUGCUCUCGAUCGGGCAGUCGGAGGGGACGGGACGGGACUGGCGGGCGAGCGGGAGGACUCGCCCUCUCGGUGACUGCGACGUCCGGGCCCGUCCGCCUGGCCGCAGGUGCCCGUGGAUGAGGCCGCCCCGCGCGCCCCGACCGGUCGACGAGAAGCGGUCCACUGGGAGAUGAGAGAACUGGGGAGCUUGGAUGGGGAAGUGACCGGAGCACCUCCGGGGGUUUAACCCGAGGUGGAAAGGGAUGCGCAGGCGGCCGCUGGAAGACCCUUCUGCAACUACUCGGACUCCUACGAUUCUUUGGUGCUGGGCUUUGGGCAUUCAAGUAGCCGAAGCGAACUGACUUUCUGGGAGAGGGAGUUGCAUUUAAAGAAGGAUGCUAAGAAGCAGUUUAAGUACACAUGUCGGUUUGGUUCCGAACUUUGAAAGGCUGGGGGAUUGGAUUCACGAGGUGAUUUUUGACAUUUUAUUUUGGCAUUCCAACCAAGAGGAGGCUUGCUGCUGGAACUUGUCAGUUCUCCUUUAUUUUAAAAUAUCUUAUGAUCAAUGGAUAAAGUGGGGAAGAUGUGGAAUAACUUCAAAUACAGGUGUCAGAAUCUCUUCGGUCACGAGGGAGGGAGCCGUAGUGAAAAUGUGGACAUGAACUCCAGCAGAUGUUUGUCUGUGAAAGAGAGAAACAUCAGUAUAGGAGACUUGGCUCCUCAGCAACAAAGCAGUCCCUUAAGAGAAAAUGUUGCCUUACAACUGGGAUUAAGCCCUUCCAAGAAUCCUUCAAGGAGAAACCAAAACUGCGCCGCUGAAAUUCCUCCGAUUGUUGAAAUAAGCAUUGACAAGGAUAAUGAUUCAUGUGUCACCCCAGGAGCGAGACUUGCAAGAAGAGAUUCCUACUCUCGGCACGCACCGUGGGGUGGGAAGAAAAAACAUUCCUGUUCUACCAAGACACAGAGUUCAUUGGAUACUGAUAAAAAGUUUGGUAGAACUCGAAGCGGACUUCAGAGGAGAGAGAGGCGGUGUGGUGUAAGCUCCGCGCACGACACGGACAGUGUGUCCAGCAGGGCGGUGGGAAGCCGCUCUCUGAGGCAGAGGUUGCGGGACACUGUGGGCUUGUGUUUUCCCACGAGAACUUACAGCAAGCAGUCAAAACCCCUCUUUUCUAAUAAAAGGAAAAUACACCUUUCUGAAUUAAUGCUUGAGAAAUGCCCUUUUCCUGCUGGCUCAGAUUUAGCCCAAAAAUGGCAUUUGAUUAAACAGCAUACGGCCCCGGUGAGCCCACACUCAACGUUUUUCGAUACGUGUGAUCCAUCCUUGGUUUCUACGGAAGAUGAGGAAGACAGGCUUCGCGAGAGAAGGCGGCUCAGCAUUGAAGAGGGGGUUGACCCUCCUCCCAAUGCACAAAUACAUACAUUUGAAGCCACCGCACAGGUUAAUCCGUUAUACAAACUGGGACCAAAGUUAGCUCCUGGAAUGACUGAAGUGAGUGGGGACAGUGCUGCAGUUCCGCAAGCUAAUUGUGACUCAGAAGAGGACACUACCACCUUGUGUCUGCAGUCACGUAGGCAGAAGCAACGUCAGGUGUCUGGAGACAGCCACGCCCACGUUAGCAGACAGGGAGCUUGGAAGGUCCAUACGCAGAUUGAUUACAUACACUGCCUUGUGCCCGACUUGCUUCAGAUUACGGGGAAUCCCUGUUACUGGGGAGUGAUGGACCGUUACGAAGCAGAAGCCCUCCUCGAAGGGAAACCCGAAGGCACAUUCUUGCUCAGGGACUCUGCACAAGAGGACUACCUCUUCUCCGUGAGCUUCCGUCGCUACAACAGAUCCCUGCAUGCCCGAAUUGAACAGUGGAAUCACAACUUUAGUUUUGACGCCCACGACCCAUGUGUAUUUCACUCCUCCACUGUAACAGGACUUUUGGAACAUUAUAAAGAUCCCAGUUCUUGCAUGUUUUUUGAACCAUUGCUUACUAUAUCACUAAACAGGACUUUCCCUUUUAGCCUGCAGUAUAUCUGCCGUGCAGUAAUCUGUAGAUGCACUACAUAUGACGGAAUUGAUGGGCUCCCUUUACCAUCAAUGUUGCAGGAUUUUUUGAAAGAGUAUCAUUAUAAGCAAAAAGUUAGAGUUCGCUGGUUAGAACGAGAACCAGUCAAGGCAAAGUAAACUCUCCCGCCCCCAACGGGCAUUAACUAGAUCUGCUUUUAUGUGCAUCAGACAGUACACCUAUAGCAAGCACACGUAUCAGUGUUAGGUGUUUUUCAGUGCAGUAUGUAGGCUUAGUGUCAGUAUCUGUCAGAUGCGAUCUGCUGUUACUUCCUCAGAUAAACAUGGUGCCUAUUGAGACAACAGAGGACAGAGCUACAGGUGUUCGGUAAGGCUACAAAGGCUACAAAGGCAUUUUGUCAAUUGAGCGAACGGUUUGGUUUGUAAUGACUAUUGUAACUGAGUGAAGCAACUCGGGGGCAUUUGCUAUGAAGAAUUCUAUUUCUUACUGAAGAACAAAUUAUUAAUAUUAGAUGAGUAUUUCAACAGUGUGACUAAUGUUUGAAAUUGUUAUUUUUUCUAAGAAUUUUUCUAUAACCUUCCAAAAGUAGCGCUGUUUGUAGUUACUAAAAAUCAAGCUUUGGAAGUCCAAAAAAUAAAGACUGCCUUCCUUGGAGAAAAAAGAAAAAUGCAAUUUUCUGGCCACAAGGGCAGAGUGCAGUUCACUUAAGUGUUGAUAUAGUUUAUAGUCAGUCUCUUGUCUCUUCUGCAGAAGGUACUGUUAAGCCAACCAGGUUUUCUAAAUAGUUGCUCUUAAAAGUUCAGGCUUACAAAGUUGGUGGUAGAAUUUUAUUUCAAGGCCUUAGGUAUUAAUUUUUUUGAAUGAGUGCUUUAACUUAAAACACAUUGGGAAGAGCUGCAAUGUAGUCCUGUGUGUGACUUCUUAAGUUAGUACGUGCGGUCUACUCGUUGAUUAGUUAAAGUUGGAUCUUUUCCUGUGCCCAUGAUGCGUUUGUGAACCAUGAAGAAAGUGAGACUAGAAGAUGCCCAGACAAGUCCAGUGAUAACAGCAGUGGUAUGCUGAUGUUGAGAUGAUUGUUAAACUGCAGUGAACAAUUUGGAUGGCACUGUUUAGCUCUUUGUUGUAAACGCUCAUAGCUGAAUCGCUUAAAUACAAUUUAUAGAAUUUCAGUGCAGUUAAUUUCUAAUGGAAAAUCUGAAACCCUAAUUGCAGAUUUAAAAGGUACUGUACAACCGUUGUAUCUGUAAAUAACUUUACUUAGCACCUUUUUGUCACUUAGAAUAGUAUGCAAUACUACUUGAGUGAGCUAUUUUGGAAGUAAUACCAAGUCCUAGUGUUUGCUUCUUAGUAUUGAGCUGAAUUUACAGUUCUGUCCUAGACAUUUUGCACUAGUCAAAUCCAUUCUUGUGUCUUUUUGUUAAUGUGCUCUGUACCACUGGUGAGUGCUCCUUGGUCUCCUUACCUGCUGCUACAGAAAGUUCUUUUACAUCCUGAUGGCUGUUGCCAAGGCUACAAAAAAGAAAAGCUAUAUUUGUAUGCAACACUAACCCUUUGACUGCUAAUGUACGUUUCUGCUUGCUGUGCCUUGUUAUGGCUGCUUUUUUGUGCUAAUAAAGUAUGUUUGGUGUUCUCCUUGUAUAUCUGCUGUUUUAUACAUUUGCAACAAUUUCUCUUGUAAAUGGAACGGUAUGGGGUUUUUCAGUGAGCAUUACCUGACAACCUACUAUAGUUAAUGCAGAAUUACUGUACAGUCUAAUAUUGACUUACUCUCGGUAAGCUAACUCUAAAUUUAAUGCUACUCAUCUUUCCAAUUGUAAUCACAUAUACCGUGGAACAGUAUCUCUAGUUACUGCAAAUUACUGUACAGUUUGGAUUAUAACACGAAACGAACAGAGAAAUAUUGACUAACCUAUUGAUUUCUCUGCUUGUAAAUGGAAAAUUGAAACUAUCAAUGACAUGUUAUAAUAAAUGAAUAUCUUUAGCCUUCCACUUCAUCAGAAACAAGUUAAAUGAAGUCUUGUGAACUGAUAAUACAUCAGCACCAUUUAUUGGUUUGGGGACCAUUUUUAUUAAUCAUAAAUGCCCAAAAUGUAGAACUUUAACCAAAGACUUGUCCAUUUUUAAAGCAAAAUGGGGAUUGAGGGGACUUAUAAUUCCUGUUAUUUCUAAUAGAAGUCCCUGAAGAACAUAUACCAAAGUGUUCGAGAACGUCAUCCAAACCUACUUUAAAGCAUUAUGUGCAAUUAAGUUGUUAUGACGUAAUUAUAUUGCGUAAUUGUUGGGUCCGUUUUCUUGAUAAUGUAUCUGGAAAAUAAUCUCUUGGGAAAAAAAAGUUCUUACUGAUUAUUGGAGAAAGAUUAUAUAUGCAAGCAAGAUCUUGUUUUAAAGAGGAAACUUGAAACUCCAAGAAAGCACUUGAUGUUUUAUAUGCUUGUAGCAAAUUGAUGUUCUAAUUGUAGUUUUAUAGAAAAUAUUAAUGCUUUUAUGUAUUUCAGAACUUUCAUAUGUUAAAUGGAAAUUGUUUUAAAUGUGUAAAUAUUUGAGUUUUAUGUAAGCAUGUAUACACUGUGCUAAAAGUCACAUGUUUCAGUUUGUGUGUAAUAUUAAUAUGCAACCUUUGGUUUAAAAUUUUUUUCUUAAAAAAUUAGUGGCUUAUGUUUUAAAAAAGAAAAAAUCACCAGCAUGAAAUUGCACCUUAGUCUAUAUUCACUGUGUCUUUUUCUGAAUCCCAUUGUAGCCUGUCAACUAAAUAUUUGUUUUCAUGGUCUUUUUGAAGUGCAUUUUAAUACAAACCAGGAAAUUCUUUAGAAGUUUGGACACAUCUUCAUAGUAAAGUAAUUAACCCAAGGAAAGGUUGGUCUGAUUCCUAUCCAUUCUCAUUCUUUCUUGCAUUCAUUCAUUCAUUCAUUCAUUCUCUCUCUUUCUCUAUCUGUGUAUAUCUACAUACACACAUGCACACACAUAUAUAUACACAUAUAUUUAUACAUUUAUGAUGUUCAUAUUACUUUAAACAAUAUUGCCAUCUGAUUUAAAAUCAUUUAGAGGCCUUAUUCUAUAUAUAUAUACUAUCCUUGUACCAUUCAAAUUUGGUUAUCCACACCUAAAGUUUAGUUUUGCCAAUACAGUCUUAUUUGUAAUACAGUCACCUUACAACAAGAAGGCAUGCAUCAGUAUUUUCUGGCUAAAACACAGUAAAAAAUUUUUGAGGAAGAAACAGCUUGGUUUAAAUAUAGUUAUUAAGAGACAUUGUUAAAUGUAUAUUUCUUCUCAACAAAAAUUGAGCCCAAAUAAUCAUACUCCACAAACUGCUCUCUGUUCUUAUGGUCCAUUGGAAGGUUUAUGUAAGAUUUAUAAUGGCUUGAGCCAUAAAAAUUGAAAAACUUGAAUUCUGUGCUUCACUUUGACAAAAUUCAGAGUUUAUAAGCCUUUUUACUUGACGUUUUGAUCUGGUUGCUAUUCAUUUUUAUCUCAAGUUUCCAUUGCUAGCUGGCACUAAACACUAGUUUGGUCAGGUUUGCUGAGAUUGGUCUUAGUGGACUAAUCCUUUAUUUUUGUAGCAAAGAAAGCUAUAAAGCUGCUUUUUGGUAGAGGCACAAAGGCUGAGAGUGAGUCAGCACUCUAGGGCCAUCUCUGGGAGUGUGUUAACACAGGGAAACUCACACCAGUUCCUCCACUUACUCUGUAGCCCAGCACAGGCACACAAAGGGCUGACUUCAAGGUGAAAAGCCUCCAAAGGGGACAGUAAUGUUUAGUGUGUGUAUACAUAAACACCACGUAGCUAUGAGGCUCAGGCUCAGGCUUUUUUUCAUAAUUUUGCAACAGUUGAUACAGAACACAGACUUUUAAAAUGUGGUAUGUUCUAAGAAGAUUUGGGGUUGGAGUUUUUGUGGGAGGUACUUGGUUGUUGGGGUUUUUUUGAGGAGGGUGGAGUGGAGGAGUUGCCAUUGUAAAAAGUAUCGAUCAUUCAGAACAGCUGUUUUCAUGCCCAGGAAGCUUGAAUGAAUAUUUAGAUUCAACCACUCAUUCACAAAGAUUUAUUGAAGACCCAUGUGCCGGUCACCAUCUUAGGUUAUACAUUGGGGUACAAGACAAAGUUAUAGGGCAUUGGGGAACAAUGACCUUAAAGGAUGAGAAGAAGAUCACCAAGAUCAAAGAAAAGAGCAUUUUGACGAACAAGAAAACUAAAAGUCUCAAAGUAGGAAUGAGCUUAUAAGACGAGAGAGAACACAGUAAGACUGGAGUCCCGUGAGUGGUGGGGAAUGGCAGGUGAUAAGGUAGAGUGGCAAGGACUGUGAGCCCAUAGAAAGGAAUUUAGAUUUUAUUCUGAAUGUGACGGUAAGCCCUUGGACAGUUUUAAGCAAGGGAGUGACAUGGUCUGCUUUCUAUUUGCCUAGUAGAUAGAAAACAGGCUAUAGUGGGAUAAAAUAAGGGAGACUAUUGCAGUCAUCUAGGUGAGAGAUGGUGAGAGCCUGGACUGGGGUGGUAGUUGUAGGGAGAAGUCAGAUUCAGGAGACCUUUAUUGGUGGUGAAGCUGAUAAUUUGGUGAUGGAUUAGAUGGGACGAAAGAAACAAUGACCGAUUUUUGAGCAAAGGUGGUGAUGCCAUUAGUUGAGAUUUCAGAAAACCAGUAGAGGAGCGAAUUGGAGGGUGUAAAUUGAAUUCUGCCUUGGAUAUGUUGAGUUUUGAGAUUCCUGUUAAUUACCCCAACAGAGACAUUGAGCAGGCGGUUGGAUAUAUGAAUGUAGAAUUGGUGUGGGCGGGGCGGGGGCGGAGGGAGUCACUAUAUGGAUAGUAUUUCAAACCAGAGACAGGAUGGCAACAGCUAGGAAUUUUACAUGGGAUUAAGUAUUUCUUUUGGGGGAGAGAGUUAUGGCAACAUUUAUCUUAGUUUGUCAAUUCAUGAUUCUGUAUCAUUAGAUAUUUUUGAAAAUCUAAAGGAUUUGGUAGAGGUAGAGGAUUUUGCCUUUCAAAAAGUUUUUAAAUACUGAAAUCAUAAAUCUUGCACUCAAUUUUAAAAUUUUAUCCAUGCCAAAUUUGAUUGUCAUGCUUCCCAUGUCAAAUUAGCUUGUGUAUCUUUCUUAGUGUAGAUUUUUAUGUGAGAAGUGCAAGUUCGUUAUGGAAUGUUGAGGAAGUACUGAAGAUUAUAAAGAAAUCAGUGCCCCCCAAAAUUUAAGAAACAGUCCAUAUUAUCAUUUUCUUUAUCAUUUCCCAUCACCAACCCCAACCCUGCCGCUCCUAACUUCCAUUUUUGUAAUCUUCCAAGAGGUGACUGCUGUUAACAUUUAUUAUGUUCCCUUCCAUUAUUUUUUCAUGAGUUUUUACAGCGGAAGGUCGAAAGUUUAUAAGAUAUAGAUACAGAUAGAUGCUAACAUAAAGAAAAAGGAAGAGAGUUGUAGGCCUCAAAUUACUUUGAGAGGGUAUACAGAUGUGCUCCAGAUUCUACUCCUUACCUGAUUCAGCAGGGACCUAGGCUUCUUACGUGCCUUCAACUCUUGAGGCAGAUCAUUCAGUGGUUAGAGUAACCGACAGCGCAAAGGCCCAGUCACUGGUGGUUUCUUAAAAUAAAAUUUCAGUAGGAGAUCCCUUGCCUCAUGGAACUUCUAAACUAGGAGGGUACACAAACAGACACAGAAAUGUGUAAUGAUGAGAAUAUAUUGGAAAUAGACCAAGCAAAAAAUUAGACAAAACCUGCUUACAUACUUGAUAAGGAAAAACAGAGAAAUGACCCAAGUGGAGGCAGGGUGAUUUGGUGUCAGGUCUGUUUGAUCACAAGAAUGUCUGGUAAUUGGACUUAACCCCAGGGCGGGGGGAUGGAGAGGCCAGGUGUGGAAAUUGUAGUGGUCACUAGCAACUGAUGAGGGGCAGUACUGAGGUAGAAGGAUCUGUUGUUUGUGACAUUUGAAUGUCUGAAUCUAUCUAGGUUCUUAAGCAAGACAGUAUUAGAAAUUAUGCCAGCAGCUGUAAAAUGGAUUAUAACCGGGAGAGAUUGGAGGCAGGAAGCCCUGUGAAAUUUGCCUCGAUCAGAUUGCUAGCACUGGAAUUAAACUGAGGAGUGCAUCUGAGAGCAGUUGCAAGAGGAAAAAAAAAAAAGCAUAUUUUGGGGUAAAGAAAGGCAAGCAAUUUGCUUGCCUAGGAGAUUUUGAGUUAAAUUUGUCAUAGUUUCUCCAAAUUCAAGCGAAUCAUAUGGAAGCCAAGCUAGUAUCUCCCAUUUAAUAUAAUCUGCAUCCUAUCUGUUUUUAAAUUAAGCAAAAUAUGGAGAGUAUAUUUUUGAAAGGCACAUUUUUAAUGCAAAAGAUGAAUAAAUAUUUGAUCAAAUAAGGAAAACUUCAUCACUCCUAGAUGCACUUUCAUAGAGAAAAUGGGGAAAUUAAAAUCUAAAGGAACAUCAAAAAAAUUAUCUGACAAAAAUGCUAAAAGGAUGGCAAGGUGAGAUUGAAGAGGGAGUUAGUGAAUUUAACCCCCCACACGCUAUCGUGACUGAUGUAGGUUUUUUCGUUAAUUUUAGUAAGUGAAAGCUGCACUGGAUGUUUAUUUCGUAGGAAUGUAUAAUAUUACCACCCGACAUUUCUUUCUCUAGGUGUUUACUAAGCAUCCCUUUCUAACUGUAAACCCAAGAUUUUAGGGAAUUUUUUUAACUUCAGGUAAAUUUAUCAUUACUCUAAAUGGUUUAAUCUUUUCUCAUCUGUUUUAAAAUACAUACAAUUAGGCACUUAAUCCUACCUUUCAUUGCUCCUAUUUUUAGGAUGAAUUAUUUGAAAUUUAUAGGGCUUUUCUUAAACCCCUUAAGAUACUUUUCAAAUUGAACAGUAAUAAUUAUUUAAAACUUUGUUAUCUAAUUCUGUAAAUAUUUUGUAGGUGCCCUUGGGUGCAAUUGAGACAGUAUUGAAUUUUUUUUUAAUUUUUUUAUUGUUAUGUUAAUCCCCAUACAUUACAUCAUUAGUUUUAGAUGAAGUGUUCCAUGAUUCAUUGUUUGUGCAUAACACCCAGUGCUCCAUGCAGAACAUGCCCUCUUUAAUACCCAUCACCAGGCUAACCCAUCCUCCCACCCCCCUCCCCUCUAGAACCUCAGUUUGUUUUUCAGAGUCCAUCGUCUCUCAUGGUUCGUCUCCCCUUCCGAUUUCCCCCCCUUCAUUCUUCCCCUCCUGCUAUCUUCUUCUUUUUUUCUUUUCUUAACAUACAUUGCAUUAUUUGUUUCAGAGGUACAGAUCUGUAUAUUCAACAGUCUUGCACAAUUCACAGCGCUCACCAUAGCACAUACCCUCCCCAAUGUCUAUCACCCAGCCACCCCAUCCCUCCCACCACCCCCCCAACUCCAGCAACCCUCAGUUUGUUUCCUGAGAUUAAGAAUUCCUCAUAUCAGUGAGGUCAUAUGAGACAGUAUUGAAUUCUAACGACAUUGCAGGAAUAGAGAAAUAUUUUGGUAUAGUAAUUCCAACAUUGUGGAUGAUAUAAAUUUGCAAAUCCUAUCUUUCAAAUAUUGUCUUAACUUAAUAGCAGUCUCUUCCUGGAUGAUGAUAAGAUUAGAAGGCCAGUUGAUUUCUAAAAUUUGGCUAUGCUAAAUUCUCAUCCUUCCAACAGUCAGAGAGUCUGAGAGGCAGUAUCGUUAAUUGGUGACAUGAGCAAAACAAAUAUAAGGGUCCACGUUUGAUCUAUAAACACUUAUGUCAGAGGCUGGGUGAUGUGCUGAAUACUGGAGGGCAAGCUGCCAGAAUAGCUUCCAGGCCCAGCAAACCAUAUAUAACCUGGUGCAGCAGAUCGAUUAUUCUGUAGGACAUAGAUUUACCUGAGCUGCCUGUGUCUAAUCCUCUACGUGUCUUUGAUACCUGACCUAGAGGGGUUAAGUAGCUUGUCCAAGGUCACAGAGAGAGUGAAUGUCAGAGCUAGAUUGAAACACAGGUCUGAGGCCAGAACUGAAGCCCUUAGCUGCUAUACUUUUUGGAUACUAAUCUGGUCAGUCAAAUUGAUGUUUCUUCCAACACUCAUUUUUUUAUUGACAUCUCAAGAGGACAGUAGAUUUCCAACAACUGAUAAAAAUAGAUUCUAAACCAUUGGUGAAAGUGUUGAAAGAAGAGGCCACGAGAGUCUCCUUAUUCCUAUCUCCAGUUCGUUACCCCUGCCUGUUUCUCCAACUUUUUCUAGCACUACUUUGCCCUUACUCACUGCUUUCCUGUCACACUGGCCUUUCGAUGGCUCAAACACUCCAGUCUCUUUCCUACCUCAGGGCCUUUGCGCAUGUUGCUCCCUCCUGAAAUUCUCAUCUCCCCAUUCUUCCACAUAGCAAGAUAGAUUCUUUUUAUUCUUUACACCUAACCUUAAAUGUCACCUCCUCAGAGAGACCUGAUCAUGCCAUUUAAAGACUUCCCUCAUAUUGUUCUCUAUCUCUGCCCUGCCUUUGUUUCCUUCAUAGUCUUUAUUACAAAAACUUGAAUAUAUUUUGAGUUUUGGGGUUUUGACUCUCCCUCUUGAGAAAUUCUGAGAAGAGAGACCAUGUCUGUUUUGUUUGCUGUUCCAUCCUCAGUGCCUAGCAGAGUGCUUAACACAGAGUAGAAAAUAUUUGUUAAAUGAGUGAAUGAAUUAACAGUCCACUUGUAUUUAUUUCUCCACUUUACUGACCGAAAUAUCACGAAAACCUUAUUACAUGUCCUUCUAAAGUCUAGACUGCUCAACCAGUUUAUAUAAUCUUUUAAGUUAUUUUGUAAUAUGAGAGAAGGUAAGGUUAAUCUGACAUGAAUUGUUCUUGGUGAGCCCGUGCAGGUUCCUGGAGAUUACCACUUUCCUUUCUAAGUUCUCAUGGGCCCUACAUUUAGUAAUCCAUCCCAGAAUGUUGCCCAGGAUUAUGUCAAGUUCAUUGGUCUGCAGUUUGUGGAACCACCUGUUUCCCCUUUUUUAAAGACGGGAAUCUCCUUUCUCUGGUCUUCCAGCGCACCUUCCGUUUUCCUCAGCACCUCUGAUGCCUCAGCCUUCAGAGACCUUAUUUGGAGACUCUUAGUUCUCUGGGAAAAAAAUUAACCUAGGCCAGGCUAUUUGAACAUAUUUAUAGCAGCUGUGUUUUUUCUAGAAUCUCUUCACCCAUUUGGACCAUGAAUGCCUUCUUGCCAGCAUUUAUUCUGCCUUUUUCAGAAAAGGCAAAGUGUAAUAGGAAUCGGAUAACUGAGCUUUCCCAUCAUCCAUUAAUAUUAUACCACUGACUGUUCCUUCAUUUAUCAUCUCCUUAUCUCAUGUGUAACUAAAACUGUGUGUAUGUGUUUAAAUCAAAAUACUUUCCUAGUAGUAGGUUGGGUGUCUUUCCCAAUGCACUUGGAUCGUCUUUUUAAGUAUGCCAUAGUUGUGUAGCAAAAACAGGUGACUCUAAGAUAGUUCCUCUUGAAAAGCUUGCCCUUUAAGAUGCAGUGCAGGGGCACCUGGGUGGCUCAGUCGUUAAGCGUCUGCCUUCGGCUCAGGUCAUGAUCCCAGGGUCCUGGGAUCGAGUCCCGCAUCGGGCUCCCCGCUCAGCAGGGAAUCUGCUUCUCCCUCUCCCUAUCCCCCUGCUUGUGUUCCCUCUCUCGCUGUGUCUCUCUCUGUCAAAUAAAUAAAAUCUAAAAAAAAAAAAAAAAA